CAAAGAGCCGUUUCGGGACCUUUCAGUACAAACAUUCUAAGGCAACCUACAUCGUUUGCUGUGCUGUCCGUCCAUUGUUAAUGUACUGUGCUAAUAUUUCGUUAGCCUUGGAUUGCCUGUCUUAUUUGGACAAAACAGAACACCAUAGUACGCUCACUUGGGCACAACCAACGGCCACUGUUCACUUCCACACAAUGGCAAGCAAAGACAUGAUACUGUAUGGUAGAUAACAUGAAACUGAUCCAGGCUCGAUUAUAUAUAUCUGUAUCGCGUCCGCAAGUUGCGUUUUCUUCAAAACGAAAAACAACACUCAAACACUUUCACAUCAAAGCCACCAACAUGAGCGGACCUCCUACCAACCCCGACAGCACAACCUCUAGUGCCAAAACCGAACCUCACCAUGAUACGGCACUUCCCUUGACGCACAAGCGUCUUUCCCGUGAGCACAUCUGUGCCGUCAUGGGCAAACUUGGAGAGACGUUUCGUGAUAUCCCCUAUGCUGUGGCUGGCCGCUCGGCACUUGCAUACUAUGGCUACGACAGCAUCAACGUGCCACACAUUAGCAUCAUGUGCCCGUUCCCCACGGCAAGGGUAAUUCUUACCUGGGUUCGCGCCAACGGCCUUGCGAUUGUUCCUAAUCAACCUACCGGAUUUAUCAUGCCCACGGGCGACGAUCAGCCUAGUGCAGUGGUGUAUGUCCGCGGGACUUCCGAGAACUUUUACCAGAUGGCACCAAUCAUGGACACCGAACACGGUGUUUACGUCGUCACGCUUGCAUCGCUGGCCAACCGCAUUGCCAAGACGUACAUCGGCAUUGUCAAGAAGGGAUGUGGCCGUUGUCACCAGGAGGCUCUCCGCCAGGACAUGGCGUGGACGCUGUGCCGCAUCAUCGAAUUGGACAUGGUUGAGCAUCAAUUUCCGCGAGACGCUCCACCACGCUACAUCAAUGAUCCUGAGUUUUGGGCGCCUUUCAGCGCUACUUUCCCGGACAUGGUUGUUCUGUUCCAGAUGCUGGGUCUACACUUAAACAGGCCCUUUCGCCGCCAAGCUACUCCGUUUGCUUGGCCGUCGUCGCCUCUGACAACAGAGUAUCGUGACAGCGUCAUAUCACAGCAUGGGCGUCGAGUCAGCGUUGAGAGUUUUCAUGAUCCUAAUGAGAUACGUGAUGUUAGCCCUGAGCGAAUCUAGAGGUCAUUGAUGCUGGGCUCCUGCUCAAGAUAGAGUCCCUGUGAUCUCUCAAACACUGGAAGAAAUACCAGGGAUCACAAGGUAAGUCAAUCAUUUCACCGGGUUAUACCCUGAAAAAACCAAAAGGUAUGUCAAGAUAGAUGCGAUUUAGAUUUUUACUACAAUUGAUUACAUUUGAUGUGUUGAAAAUAACAGUCGUGAAUGUUGCAUGGAUCGCGUGCCGGGUAGCUCGCGCUGAGCGUUGGUAAACUCGCGGCCUAAGACAUGCCUAUCGCGUAUGCUGG